UCAAACGCAAAGUCCCGCCUUCUAAGAGUAGCUCGUAACCUAGCAACAUAAGGGCCGCCGAGUUGCUUAACUGUGGGCCAAGAAACUUGCAUCUUGAGGAGUUGGGUUACUGGAGGCUGUGAAAUCCAGGAGAGCCUUGAGUUGGCGGCUGCCUCAGUACCAGAUUAUACCGAGGCAAAGGCAGCCUCUCCAGAGAUGGCCUUGGACCAGGCCAGCAUACCCCCUUCCUACCACAGACUGGCCGUCCAAAGAAUCCCACUGAGGACAGGUCUAGUCCCAGCAGAGCCGAUGAAGACCUUAGUCCCAUCCAAAUCCAAGCUCAACACCAUCGAGGCCAAGAGGAUCAUGUCAGUCUUGGAUGAGGCCAUACACAAGAUAGAGCUGAUAACCCUGAUGUCCUACAUGGAGUCCCACCCAGAGGCUCUGGAGGACACGCUGCCUGAGGAUUUCGUGAGAGCCCUAAGAGAGCACUUGGACAUUGGCCAGACCCUGGUGGAGAGGGCCAGCAUCCUGCAGAGGAGACACAAGAAGCUGGAGGAAGAGGAAGAAGCCGAGGAAACUAGGAACCAGGAACGCCUACUGUCCCUAGAGCUGCACAAGGUGAACCUGCUGUCGCUGGCGCACCAGUUCCGAGACUCCACCAAGACUGUCCUGAGGCUCGUGCUGGGCGAGCCUCAGUUCACCAGGCUGUUACAGGUACAGGCGCCAGGCAGAAGCCCGGGGGCCCAAUGCCUCCUCGAUGGCCUGGUGGAGCUUCGAGGUUUCCUCUUUGAGAAGCUACUCACCAGCCCCAUGGAAGUCAGGGAGAAGAACCAAUUCAUACAGGACAUCAGCCGAAGGAGCGAGAGGAACCAGGAGGUCAUUGAUGGCCUCCAGGCUGAGCUGGCCAACGUGCUGAAGAACAAGGAGUCAGAGGUGGAGAAGGAGAACUUUGUGAUCCAGGAGCUGAAGAACCAUCUGCACCAGGUGUUCAAGUUUUCGGAGAACAGCCUCCUCCGCACGAAGCAGGAGGCCGAGAAGCAGCAGAAGGUGGAUUUCCGGGCCUCCCAGGUCAGGCUGGCCAAGACGCAGCAAGACAUCCUGGCACUUCGGGCACAGUACCACAACCUGGUCAUGGAGAACCGGGAGGCAGAGCAGGCGCUAAGGAAGAAAAAAUACAAAGUGGAGACAGAAAUCGAGAACUGGAUCCAGAAAUAUGACAUGGAGAUGGGCGAGAAGCAGGACGAAUACGAGGACCUGGAGAGCAUCCACAAGGAGGAGAAGCUGCAGCUGGAGGAGCUGAGGGAGAGGCACGCGGUGCUGGUGGAGGAGUUCUCCCAGAUCCGGGCCGAGAGCGAGAUCAAUUCCAAGAAGCGGGUGGAGGCAGAGCGCGAGAUGGUGCGCAUGGUGAGAGCCGCCACGCUCAUCCAGGCGGUGUGGAAGGGCUACCUGGUGCGCUCCAUACUCAGGUCCAAGAAGAAGAAGCGGGGCAAAGGGAAGGGCAAAGACAAGGGGAAGGGCAAGGAGAAGCCCAAGGAAGAGAAGGCCAAGGAAAAGAAACCCAAGGCCGCCAAGGGCAAAGGCAAGAAGAAGUGACCACAUCCUGGUCUGGCCCCGCCCCUGCUCAGCUUCCACCACGCCCUACCGGGUCCCAACCAAGCCCCUGUUCUGUUCCAGCCCUUCCAUCCCUGGCUUUGAUGAUGGCUAAAUUAAAAAAGACAAACAACAA